AUGCCCCGUAGCAAGCCGAGGAAAUCUGUUAAAGGAACAUUUUCCCCAGAAGCAAUGAAAGCUGCCCUAAGACAGGUACGAGAAGGAAAAUGUGUCAGAACUGCAGCCACUCUAAAUAAAGUAAGCCACAUGACUUUGAAGCGGUACGUGAAGCUGAAUAAAAAUGUGGAGAACUUGGAUUUUGCAGUAGUCUCUCCCAACUAUUCAACGCGUCAAAUUUUCACCAAAGACAUGGAGGACUCUCUGAAGGGAUAUAUAAUUGAGUGCAGCCAAAUGGGAUACGGACUCACAGCACCUGAAAUUAAAAGGUUUGCAGUUCAGUUUACAGAGGUUAACAAAGUCCCUAACAUUCCGGACUCAUGGAAAGAGAAUCAAGCGGCUGGACAAGAUUGGUUUCGAGGGUUUAUGUCAAGGCAUCCUGACCUAUCUGCUAGAAAGCCUGAACAGUGCAGCAUUGCACGUGCCAUGGCGUUUAACAAAGUAAACAUUAGCAAUUAUUUUGACAAGCUGGAAUUAGUCCUCAAACGCCACCCUAACUUUGCCAAUGGAAGUAGAGUUUAUAAUUUGGACGAGACUGGUUCUACUACUGUGGGUGAUAUGAAGAAAGCCAAAGUCAUUACUGAGAAGGGUGUGAAGCAAGUUCAUCAGAUAAAAAGUGCUGAGCGUGGGACACUAGUGACCACAUGUUGUAUAAUUUGUGGUAACGGGACUAUGGUGCCUCUAGUUAUGAUAUUCCCUCGUGCUAAGUUUACAAACAACAUGCUUAUCAAUGGUUACCCUGGUACUCUAGGCUUAGCAACGAAGAAUGGUUGGAUGAUCACUGAAAAGUUUUUGCAAGUAAUUCAGCACUUUGUUGCAAAAACCAACAGCUCCCCAGAGAACCCUACCCUGCUCAUACUUGACAAUGUAGCAUCACAUCUUAGUAUUGAAGCAAUUAAUUUGUGUCGAGCAAGUGGAGUUACCCUAUUUACUCUACCUCCUCAUACUACGCACAAAACCCAGCCUCUAGAUGGACCCUAUCAAGCAGCUUACAGCAGGGCAUAUAAUAGUUGGACACUUGCUCAUCCAGCCCAGGUCUGUACCAUCUAUGAUGUUGCUGGACUAGUGAAUGAAGCUCUUUGUAAAGUAGCCACACCAACAAACAUAUUUUCAGCAUUUAGAGCCACCGGUAUAUACCCUUUCAACAGAGAUAUAUUUUCUGAUCUGGAAUUUGUUCCAAGCAGUGUUACAGAAAAUCCUGCUCCUACUGCUACAGUCAAUGAAGAAGAGCAAAAUGAUAGUGAGGAGGUUGAUAACCCAGGAGGUGAAGCUGAAGUAGAAAAUUCCCAACUAGUCACCCCUAGAAAAGUAAGACCAUUACCUAAAGCAAAGCCCAAAGAAACUACGAGGAAACCAAGAGAAAAGGGUAGAUGUAGGGUUGCCACAGACACCCCAGAAAAAAGGGAGAUUGAAGCAAAGGCUGCAGAAAAAAGACAGAAAGAGGCUGAGAAAGAUAAAAAGAAGAGAGAAAGAACCCAGAAGAAUUUAGAGAAAGUUAUAGAGGGGCAUAGCAAAACAAACAAGAAGAAAACAGCUAAGAAACAAACCAAAACUGCAAGGAAAAAGAAAGCUCCCACUCCCCCAUCUACAGAAUCAGAAUCAGACCUACUAGAAGAGGAAAGUGAAGAGGAAAUGUGGGAGGGAGAUGAGAAUUAUGAAGAUGAUGAAAGUGAAGAUAGAGAAUUGUUUAAACCUUUAGAAAAAUCUCCAGAAGAAGGUGACCACAUAAUUGUUGUCUUCCGUGGUAAAGAGGAUAAAUAUUAUGUGGGCAAAGUCUUGAAAGAGAAGGAUGAGGACGGGGAUUUGGAAGUCUCAUAUUAUCGCCAAUGUACCAAAAGGGUCUACAGCUUUGUUCUUCCAAAUAUUCCUGACCUUAAAAGUGUCCAUAUAAAUGACAUUGUAGCUAUACUGCCUCAGCCACAUGUUGGUGGCACAACGCGCCAAAGAAACAUAAUUUCUUUUCCUUUUGACUUCACUAGAAUUCGCUUAGGCUAG